AAGUAUAUCAAAACGCAACUAGCAAUGACUUAUUUGUGGUAACAGCCGGCGGCGGCCACAGAGGCGAGCAGAGCAGAGCAGAGUGGGCAACAAGCGAAGAAUGGCGACGGAGAUGGAAGAACUCGUCUCCUUUCUUUCUUCCCCAUCGCCACAGAUCAGAAAAGCCGCCGUUGACAUAGUUCGCGGCUUAACCGGCUCCGUCGAGGGCUUGCAGUCCCUCGCCAAUUACUCAAACGCCCUCUUACCCGCCUUGUCUCGCCUCUUAACGUUACCCAAGGAGGUUUCGGAGGCUGCUGCGGAGGCGCUGGUGAACCUGUCGCAGAACUCGAGCCUCGCGGAGGUGAUGGUUCGAAUGGGACUGGUCAAAACGGCGAUGGAUGUUCUGUACAAGCCCGACUGCGGCAUUGCUCGCUUGCUUGUCAUGCUUUUGGUCAACCUCACUCAACUCGAGGCUGGUGCUGCUUCCUUGCUUCAGACUGAAGAUGAGAAGGUGCUUGGAUUAUAUGUUAUUAAGCUUGUGAGAUCAUUUUGUAGAACCACCCAUGAGAAUAAUGAUGAUGCUUUUGAACAUGUUGGUUCAAUACUUGUUAACAUCUCAAAACAGCGGAAAGGGAGGGAGCUUCUACUUGACCCAAAACGGGGUCUCUUAAAGCAGAUAAUCAGACAGUUUGAUUCCAACAGUUCAUUGAGAAAGAAAGGGGUCUCUGGAACUAUUCGCAACUGUUGUUUUGAAGCUGAGAAUCAGCUACAAAAUUUGCUUUUGGUAUCAGAGUUUCUCUGGCCCGCAUUACUUCUUCCUGUAGCUGGCAACAAGAUCUACAGUGAGCAAGACAGAUCGAAAAUGCCACUUGAACUUGGGACUGCACUCUCGAUUGAACGUGAACUAGUUAAUGAUCCAGAAAUUCGUAUUCAGGCAUUGGAAGCCAUAUACUUGAUCAUAUUGCAGGAGGCAGGUCGAAGAGCCUUUUGGUCUGUAAAUGGACCUAGAAUAGUACAAAUCAGUUACGAAGAUGAGGAAGAUCCAAAGGUGAUGGAAGCAUAUGAACAAUUGGGAUCCUUGUUGGUUCACAGCAGCAGUGCGGAGGAACCAUCCAGUCAGACCACAAAGUAGUUAUUUUAUAUUACCAUCAGUUGACCCUUCAAUAUCUCUCCAUAACAACUUUAAUAAUUAUGAAGGUAAUUCCAAGUCAAUUUUCCAUUUUGAGGUUAGAAUUACCAAUUUUAGAAAUAUGUAAAUUAUGCGGCUCAGAGUAGUUAGUCAAAAUUAUUUAUACACAUGGCAGAAUGAGUGAAGAUGCUCUCUUGAUGCAAAAUUCCAGUUUGCUUCUUCAGUUUCUGUAUUUGGAAUUUUGAAUUCUCUAAACUGCAGGUACAAUAUUUCACUUUGGAAGAUAUUAUGUAGCCUGUUUUCUUUGGAUUAUUAGUAAUCAUUCAUUUGGCUGGUAAACGCCACCGAUAAUUCCUAGCACCUA